GUCCAAAUGAAAAGUUUAUCUUUAAAAGAGAGAAGUUGGAGCCUGCAGCGCGCCAGCCGCUUGGGACUCUGGGCGUCCCAGCUGUGCGACCCUGGCCUCUACUCCCCCGCCUCGAGUGGGAGGCGUCGCGGCGGAGCUCAGAGCUCCGCACGCCCGACAAGCGCCGCCCUCGGCCCGCUCUCGGCGCCGCGCAGUCAUGCCCCAAGCUGCGCUCUCCACGCUCCUGCUGCUGAGCCUCGCCACUGCCACCGUCGCGGACUGCCCUUCAUCCGCCUGGGUUCAGUUCCAAGGCAGCUGCUACACUUUUCUUCAAGUUACCGUCAACGUGGAAAGCAUAGAAGAUGUCAGGAACCAGUGCAUUGGCCACGGAGCAGACAUGAUAAGUAUACACAAUGAAGAAGAAAAUGCUUUUAUACUGGACACUUUACAAAAGCAAUGGAAAGGCCCGGAAGACCUCCUGCUAGGCAUGUUUUAUGACACAGAUGAUGCAAGUUUCAAGUGGUUUGAUAACUCAAAUAUGACCUUUGACAAGUGGGCAGAUCAAGAUGGCGAGGACCUGGUUGACACCUGUGGUUUCCUGUACACCAAGACAGGCGAAUGGAAAAAGGGAAACUGUGAAAUUUCUUCUGUGGAGGGGACACUCUGCAAAGCUGCAAUUCCAUAUGACAAGAAAUAUUUAUCAGAUAACCACAUUUUAAUAUCAACUCUGGUGAUUGCUAGCACAGUAACUCUGACAGUUUUGGGAGCAAUUAUUUGGUUCCUCUAUAAAAGGAACGCUUGCUCUGGCUUCAGCGUCUUCUCAACCACACUGCAAUCGCCUUACAAUGACGACUGUGCUUUGGUAGUUGCAGAUGAUGAAUAUGCUGUACAGCUGGACUGACUUCAAUAUUAUCAAACCAGCGUAUCAAACACCUUGAAUGAUUUCCUGUGCAAGGCUUUGAUAUAAAAGUUACCACAGAAAACUGAAGGUUUUCCCCCCUUAUUUUCGUAAUAUUUUCAUGUAUUCGCUGUGACAAAAUAGUAACGUUUGGUUCAGUUUUUUUAAAAGCAGGUUUUAGAAAAGAAACAACUAUAGAUCUAACUUAGUAGUUUUCUUAGGUAAUUUUCAUUUGAGUAAAUGAAACCUCCGUGUACAAUAAAGCUGCUAAAACGCUGGGUCUUA